AUGCCCUCCAUAGGCCCCCAACUACCUACCUCACCACCCAAGCGCAAACGGUCCUCCUCACCGCCCAAGCACACCUCAUUGCCACCCGCAAAACAAGCCCGCGCCAGCAACAACGCCGACGAGAUCGACCUCUCCGACUCCGACUCCGACUUGUCCUUCGGCCCCCCCGCGCCGCCAUCAACAACCACAGCCCCAACCAAGCCCUGCCCUCCCGCAAAACCAGACUCGACCUCCCUCCCCGCAGACUCAGACUCCUCCGACUCAGACUCCUACGGCCCAAGCCUCCCAACAGCAACCUCCAAACGGCCAACCAUCGGCCCCAGCCUGCCGGCAACAGACCCAGCCCCCCAAAGAGACUCAUGGAUGCUCGCGCCCCCCUCCUCAAGUGGCUACACGGAGCGCGACCCGACGCGCAUGCGCAACCGCAAAUUCACAUCCAAGCCAGCAACCACAUCCUCGGGCCCGUCAUCAAUAUGGACAGAGACGCCAGAGGAGAAGCUCAAGCGCCAAAGAGACGCGCUGCUAGGCCGCACAGCGGAAGCAAGCGCCGACGGAGGCAGUGCCUCCCAGCGCACCAAGCACCAGGAGGAGCGUGACCGCAAAAUCGCCGCGACGAUAGAUGCCCACCGCGGCAAGAGCCUGUACGACGAGCACUCGCGCAAAAGAAGGGAUGACGGCGCUAAGAACGGCCGAGCGGCGCACGACAACGACGACGACGACGACCCCAGCAAGAGGGCGUUUGAUCGGGAAAAGGACAUGGCUGUCGGGGGCAAGAUAGGCGAGAAGGCGAGGAGGGAGUUGAUAAACAAGAGUGCCAAUUUCGGGGGCAGGUUUCAAAAGGGUUCCUUUUUAUAA